AAUCAUAUUGUGCACAAUGGAGGAUUAUACAAAAGGCCUUUCAAUGAAGCUUUUGAAGAAACACCGAUGCUGGUUGCUGUGCUGACCUACGUAGGCUAUGGUGUUCUCACUCUCUUUGGGUAUCUGCGAGAUUUCAUGCGGCAGUGGAAGAUUGAGAAGUGUCAAAAUGCAACAGAAAGAGAAGAACAAAAGGACUUUGUUCCAUUGUACCAGGACUUUGAAAAUUUCUACAACAGAAACCUCUACACGCGUAUUCGGGACAGCUGGAACCGUCCAAUCUGCAGUGUGCCAGGGGCCAAAGUGGACAUGAUGGAGAGAGUUUCCCAUGACUAUAACUGGACGUUCACGUACACGGGGAGAGUGAUAAAGGACAUUAUUAAUAUGGGUUCCUACAACUACCUUGGAUUUGCACAGAAGGCUGGGACUUGCCAAGAAGCAGCAGCUAAAGUUCUGUCCCAGUAUGGAGCUGGAGUGUGCAGCACUAGACAGGAGAUGGGAAACUUGGACAAACAUGAGGAGCUGGAAAAGCUAGUUGCCAGGUUCCUAGGUGUGGAAUCUGCAAUGGCAUAUGGAAUGGGGUUUGCAACCAACUCUAUGAACAUUCCCUUUCUAAUUCAGGGCUGUCUGAUUUUGAGUGAUGAACUGAAUCAUGCGUCACUAGUGCUUGGAGCAAGACUGUCAGGAGCAACAAUUCGAAUCUUUAAACACAACAAUAUGCAAAGCCUGGAGAAGCUGCUCAAAGAUGCUAUUGUGCAUGGGCAACCUCGUACACGGAGGCCCUGGAAAAAAAUUCUUAUCUUGGUGGAAGGAAUAUACAGUAUGGAGGGAUCCAUAGUCCGUUUGCCUGAAGUAAUUGCCCUUAAGAAGAAGUACAAAUCCUAUUUGUACCUUGAUGAGGCUCACAGUAUAGGUGCCCUGGGUCCCAGUGGCCGGGGUGUAGUGGAGUAUUUUGGACUCAGUCCUGAAGAUGUGGAUGUUAUGAUGGGAACAUUCACCAAAAGCUUUGGAGCUGCUGGAGGAUACAUUGGGGGCAAGAAGGAACUGAUUGACUACCUCAGGACGUACUCUCACAGUGCUGUGUAUGCAACAUCACUGUCACCUCCUGUUGUGGAGCAAAUCAUCACCUCCAUGAAGUGCAUUAUGGGUGAAGAUGGCACAACUGUUGGUGAAAGAGUACAGGAGCUGGAGCCGGAAUCAAAGCAGUGA